UGCGUGCGCGUGCGCGCCGCGGGCAGGUCAGUGAAGCCGGCGGCCCUGGCGCGUGACCAGGGAUUGAUUCGGUUGUCUGGUGGCUGGGUCUGUCUGUCCAUCCGUCCGCGGGUGCCAUCAUGGCGGACGCGGCCAGUCAGGUGCUCUUGGGCUCCGGUCUCACCAUCCUGUCCCAGCCGCUGAUGUACGUGAAGGUGCUCAUCCAGGUGGGAUAUGAGCCUCUUCCUCCAACAAUAGGACGAAAUAUUUUUGGGCGGCAAGUAUGUCAGCUUCCUGGUCUCUUUUGUUAUGCUCAGCACAUUGCCAGCAUCGAUGGGAAGCGUGGGUUGUUCACAGGUUUAACUCCAAGACUGUGUUCAGGAGUCCUUGGAACUGUGGUCCAUGGUAAAGUCCUACAGCAUUACCAGGAAUGUGAAAAGGUUGAGGAAUUAGGACCUGGGAAUGUACAGAAAGAAGUCUCAUUAUCCUUUGACCGAGUUAUCAAAGAGACUACUCGAGAGAUGAUGGCCCGUUCUGCUGCUACCCUCAUCACACAUCCCUUCCACGUGAUCACUUUGAGAUCCAUGGUACAGUUCAUUGGCAGAGAGUCCAAAUACUGUGGACUUUGUGACUCCAUAGUAACCAUCUAUCGGGAAGAAGGCAUCCUAGGAUUUUUUGCGGGUCUUAUUCCUCGCCUCCUAGGUGACAUCAUUUCUUUGUGGCUCUGUAACUCACUGGCCUACCUCGUCAAUACCUAUGCACUGGACAGUGGGGUUUCCACCAUGAAUGAAAUGAAGAGUUACUCCCAAGUUGUCACAGGAUUUUUUGCCAGUAUGUUGACCUAUCCCUUUGUGCUUGUCUCUAAUCUUAUGGCUGUCAACAACUGUGGGCUUGCUGGUGGAUCCCCUCCUUACUCCCCAGUAUAUACUUCUUGGCUAGAUUGCUGGUGCAUGCUACAAAAAGAGCCUCUUAAGUUCCUGCCCUCUCCCUGGUAAGGCUGUGAUAAACCUGGAUACCAUGGUAGCCAAGAGAUGUGACAUGGAAAGAAGUGUGGGAAAUAUGGAGUCAGCAUCUAUAAGCAACUGAACAGAAGAGAAGAUUAUUGAGAUAACCAUCUAAUAACAGGAUGUUUACUAGGGCCUACUACAUUCCCUGCCUGUAUAUCCAUUAUCUCCAACCCGUUAAAAAAAAAAAAUCACAUAAGCAAAAUAUUGUCCUCGUUUUACAGAUAGAAAAAUGAAGCU